AUGAGUACUGUGGAUGAUGAAACAGCGGAACUGGUCAUGGCGCUUUUUUCUCAAGAAACACUUCAAGAGGAGAAAGUGGCUCCAGCAAUCAAAACUGAAGAAAAAACUUCAACAAAGGCAAAAGUUGAAAAGCCGGAAAAAGCAAAUGAGUCUGGCUUGAAAGAUGUAGAAUCCCAAAAAGAAUCAACAGUUUCUCCUGCCAUUCAAGAAGCGGCAGUUCAGGUAUCUGUCACACCAGAAGAUACCGUUGUUGACGAAAAGCCAAGCGCGGAAAAAGAGAAGGUUAGUACAGAAAAACAAACAGUUUCAGACAAAACAACUCCAUUACCUGAAGAUAAAGUCGUCACAUCAUCACCAAGUUCCAAAGUUGCCCGGGAUGCCGGCAAAGAAAAACUUUCUCGCCGGCAUGGAGGGCGCGUACGUAUUGCAGAGACGAUAACGGUGAAAGAACUCGCUGAAAAAAUUAAUGUAAAGGCGACAGAAGUUAUCAAGGAGUUGAUGAAAAAAGGCCAGAUGACGACUAUCAAUCAAAUGAUAGAUCACAACACGGCUACAAAUAUAUCUGAAACCUUCGGCUAUGAAGUUGAAAUAUCUAAAGACAACAUUGAAGAUCUACUGAUUCAAGAGGAGGAUAGGGAAGAAGAUCUUCAGCCCAGGGCUCCUGUUAUAACAAUUAUGGGUCAUGUUGAUCAUGGCAAAACGAGGCUUCUCGAUGCCAUCCGCAAAGCCAAUGUGAUGGAAGGCGAAGCAGGUGGGAUUACCCAGCAUAUAGGUGCCUAUCGGGUUACCACGGACAAGGGGACGGCUGUAUUUUUGGAUACGCCGGGACAUGAAGCCUUUACAGCAAUGAGGGCGCGUGGAGCGCAAGUUACAGAUUUAGUAAUCAUCGUAGUAGCUGCGAAUGAAGGCGUCAUGCCCCAGACUCGAGAGGCAAUCGAUCAUGCAAAAGCCGCUGGAGUUCCGAUUAUGGUGGCGAUGAAUAAAAUGGACUUAGCGGAUGCAAAUCCCGACAGGGUAAAACAACAACUCUCGACAUUGGAUUUGAUCCCGGAAGGUUGGGGUGGGGAUACGGUUUAUUCUGAAAUUUCCGCAAAAGAGAAUAUCGGAAUUGAUGAGCUUUUGGACCUUGCUAUUUUGCAGGCGGAACUUAUGGAGUUGAAGGCCAACCCGAGCCGGCUUGCCAGCGGUGUUGUCGUGGAAGCGAAGCUGGAUAGAGGACGUGGUCCGGUUGCUACUGUUUUGGUUGAACGAGGCACUUUGAAUGUGAGUGAUAAUUUCGUAGCUGGCAAAUGGAAUGGCAAAGUUCGCGCAUUAUUCGAUGACCAGGGCCGCAAGUUGAAGGUCGUGGGACCUUCUACGCCAGUAGAAAUUUUGGGAUUCGCCGGUGUUCCUGAGGCUGGUGAUACAUUUACGGUUUUAGAAGAUGAGAAGAUGGCGAGAGAGAUAAGCGCAAGGCGUCAACAACGUGAACGCAUGGCGGCGCUGAUGGCUUCAGCGCGCGUUUCUCUGGAAAGUUUCAUGGAAAGCGUAGAGGAAGGCCAAGUCAAAGAGUUGAGCUUAAUUUUGAAAGCAGAUGUGCAGGGAAGCAUAGAGGCGUUGAAGGAAUCUUUGGGCAAGCUAGGGAAUGAGGAGGUAGGAGUUAAGGUUCUACAUAGUGCUGUAGGUGGGAUCACAGAAACCGAUGUGAUGCUUGCGGCUGCCUCGGCGGCCGUUAUCGUAGGUUUUAAUGUUCGUCCGACGCCAGGAGCCAGAGAAGUUGCGAAACAUGAAAAAGUAGAUAUUCGAUUAUAUUCAGUCAUCUAUGAUGCUAUCGAUGAAAUCAAAUCGGCUCUUGAGGGAAUACUAGAACCCGUUCAACGGGAAGUUGUACGCGGGCACGCGGAAAUCCGGGAGCUAUUCCAUGUUCCUAAUGUGGGAACGAUAGCGGGUUGUUAUGUCACCGACGGAAAUAUUAAUAGAAAUUCAAGUGCGCGCCUCAUCCGGGACAAUGUAGUUAUCUAUACGGGCAAGAUUUCAUCUUUGAGGCGCUUCAAAGAUGAUGUGAACGAGGUUCAUUCUGGUUAUGAGUGUGGAAUCGGAAUUGAGAAUUACAAUGACCUCAAGCAAGGCGACCUAAUAGAACCGUAUAUUACGGAAGAAGUAUCUCGGACGCUUUAG